AUGACAUCACGUAGGCAAGUGCUUCCUCGCCAAGUUUUUACACCUACCCAAGGUACACCACCACCAAGCCAUUAUUUACUCUUUUUCGAAGAUACGAACUCGUAUCAAAUAGUAGCACGUUCAAGUUUGAAAAAAAUCAAUGGGGAUGUUGUUUUUAUCAUGAUUCGUAAUAAACUUGUAAAAACAAAAUCAGCUUACCAUGGUUCUCUUGAAGAAUGUAAUUCUGAAUAUCUUCGACUAACUCGUGUAUCACAAAAUGAAUCUUUUAAUGACGAUGAUGGUCAUUCCAUCACUGAUCCAAUUACACUUGAUCUUGAUGAUUCGACAAUGCAAAAUUCUAUGCAUCCAAGAGCUGGUCCAUUACAUUCGUUAUUAUCAAUUGAACCAAGAAAACGAAAUUUAACAAGUAUUGCGUCACCAGAGAAAACAUCUGAUGAAGGUCUGUCGAUUUUUUUCCAUUUAUACUAAAUUUUUGAAUUAUUUUGAAUGUUGUCUUUAUUCGAUCGUCAUUCAUUACCCACUAUUUGCGAUCAUAUGAUAUCCUGUUUAUCUGCAAUUAGCCUCUUUCCUUAAAACGAGCGUGGUUAUCUAGAUUGUGAUUUGUUUGAGUUGAAGAAUUUACAAAUGAAGCUUUCUUUCACUGUUUAUUUUUAUCAGUAUAACUUUAAAAUACUUUUGUGUCGAAUCUAUUAAGUAUUCGAGUUACUUAGUAAAAUAUCUGUUUCGUGGGUUCAAAGAUAGAUGAUCAAAACCACCAACCAUUUACUUUCAACUACCCCUACUCUUCUUUGAGAGAUUUGUCAAUCAAGACUUUAGUUUAACUGUACCCGCACAGAAAAGUAUCCCAUAAUAAUGAUGCUCUUAUGUAUUUUAAUCAAUGAUACAUAUUUCCAAUAAUUAUACUAGAUGAUAGCGAAAUAAAUAGGUUCCGUGAAAUCAGAUAUUUCGAUAUUCUAGAAUGUUGAUUUACUCGUGCUUUAAAAAAUCAAUAUAAAAUAUUUCUUUUAAAAGUCGAAAACAUCUAUUUUUAAUUAAUCUACCGGUUUUCAAUAUGAAGAAUCGGAGUGUUAAGACGACUUAACGUUGGCUUAUAUAUACCUCUGGAAAGCAACGGCUGUACUCGGUAUUUGAGGUCUUCGGACACUCUAAAAGGGUAUUUUUGAAAAAUUAAUUAUACCAUUUGAUAGCGCUUGGAGUUCUCUACCAAACUGUGUAUUUUUAUUUUACCUUGCUUUUAUUUGUUGCAAAGUUAAUCAAGUGGAAUGAAGACACCCUCAUGUCCAGAUUUCCACAGACUUGAUUUUCUCGUUGCCAUCAACAUUAGUUUUUAAAAAUUUUCAACACUAUAGGAUUACCUUUUGAGAAAAGCAAUUAUGUAUUCUACUACAGCUGGAAAUUCUCUAUCAAUCUAUAUAUUUAUCUCUUUUAUUACAGUCAUUUAUUGAAAACAAAUUUGAGUAUAAUAAACACAUCCACAAUUGGCAAGUACCAAAAAUCUNGUAAUACUCGAAUUAUUCUCUGACACAUAGACCCAAAAUAGUUAACAAAUAUACAAGAUGAUAGAGAAUUUCAAGCUCUAUCAACACCUAUAUUUGCUUUUUUUUAAAUAUUUUCUUAUACGAAUAAUGAGUUCAAAAAGAAACCUGCAAAGCAACGAAAAACAGAUUUUUGGUACUUGCCAAUUGUGGAUGUGUUUAUUAUACUCAAAUUUGUUUUCAAUAAAUGACUGUAAUAAAAGAGAUAAAUAUAUAGAUUGAUAGAGAAUUUCCAGCUGUAGUAGAAUACAU